GAUUUGUCGCUGUGAUUCGUCGUCUAUGAACAUCUAUGAAAAAGUGAAGAACGGCAAUACACCCUGUUUAAGUUGUUGAAAUGUCGAUUACUGAAAUCAAAGAUCUAGAACAAGAAAUUAUAAAGUUAGAAGAUAUUCUCCGCACCAAAAAAGCAUUACUUCACCAACUUAAAACAAAUAAUGAAUGGAAAUGCCCAUAUUCUGAUUAUUUAUCUACACAAGAAGUAGUUAAAUAUAGUCGGCAGAUGAUAAUGCCGCAAGUUUCAAAGCUAGGCCAAGUGAUUCUCAAGAAAAGUAGAAUUUUAAUUAUUGGGGCAGGUGGUCUCGGCUGUCCAGCCUCAUUGUACCUUGCAUCAGCUGGUGUUGGGGAAAUUCAUAUUGCUGAUUAUGAUGAUGUAGAAUUAUCAAAUCUGCACAGACAAGUAUUACAUUUUGAGGAAGAUGUGGGGCGACCCAAGGUUGAUUCGGUGUACAAUAAAUUGAACAGCUUAAACAGUAAUAUAUUAGUAGUGCCACUGCACAUUCACGCUUCCGCUUCAAUUGUUGAAAUUAUACAAAAAUAUAAAUACAAUGUAAUUCUUGACUGCAGUGAUAAUGCUCCUACUCGAUAUCUAUUAAAUGAUGUUUGUGUUUUUCACAACAUUCCUCUGGUAUCAGGUAGUGCGUUACAAAUGGAGGGUCAAUUAACAGUGUAUCAUUACAAGAACGGACCUUGCUAUCGUUGUUUAUUCCCAAUACCACCACCAACUCAUACUGUAACUAACUGUGGAGAUGGUGGAGUUCUCGGACCCGUGGCUGGAAUCAUUGGAGUAUUGCAAGCUUUGGAAGCUAUAAAAAUUAUUUUAAACGUCGAUGGAGUGUUAUCUGGAAGGAUGUUAUUGUUUGAUGGAGUAGAAACAACUUUUCGUAAUGUGAGAUUACGUCAAAAGAUGACUAAUUGUGAUGUCUGUGGUGAAAAUCCAACAAUUACUUCACCUGUUGAUUAUGAGCAUUUUUGUGGUUCCAAGGCAAAUGAUAAAGUUAUUGAUGUGGAUAUUCUUGAACAUGCAAAUAAUAUAGACAUACAGAAGCUGCCACAUAUUUUAAAAGAAAAAUAUGUUGUUAUAGAUGUACGACCUGAAUUGGAGUAUUCUAUGUGUAAUAUACCAGGGACUAUCAAUUUGCCUUAUUCUAUAAUCACAACUGAUAAGGGUAUAGCAAAUUUGCAAGAAUUGAUUAAGAAAGAUCCUGAUACAUAUAGACAUGUGUAUAUGUUGUGCAGACGAGGAAAUGACUCUCAGAGAUCUGUUGAUUUUUUACAAAAGAAUUUCCCAGAUACGUCUGUGAAGUUUUUUAAUGUUAAAGGUGGCCUUUAUGCAUACUCCAAAGAGAUUGACCCUUUGUUUCCUGUUUAUUGAUGUGACAAUUUUAUGCUUCUG